UAUACAAAUAUUAGGAGAGUCAUUUAGUGGGUUGGAAAUUCAAAGGGAGAUUAAAAAAAGAAAGAUACCAAAAAGAGUACCAGCCGUAAACACAUCACACGAGCGCAUUCUCCGAGAUUCUUAAAAUUCCUCGGGGACUCGUGAACGGUAGCUACGUUUCCUCCGACAGAAAUGAUUUGCAAACAACCGAGGAACUGAAACACUGGAGGCUAAACACUGGACGCUAAACUGGAGGCUAAACGUCUGAUCUACCUUUUACUCAUGAUAUGAUUCUUCUAGGUGGUUCAGAAGUCCAUCCAGGAGAAUAAAAAGAUCUAGGGAUCUGGUUCUAAGAGUACUUAAUUCGAAUGUGGGUGGAAAGAGGUGGUCUAUUGCGAUCUGAUUUUCGCGGAAGCUCCCGCGAAGCGACGAAGAUGUGACAUAUCAUUCUGGACGACGAACGUUGUAACGUUGUAAGAGAGAAAAGAAAAAAAGAAAAAUGAUACGCGCAGCAAUCGUGGUCCUCGCUCUGAUCUCCAUCAGUGUAUCCGCCUACGAGCAUACCGCCGCGGAUCAGUGCGACUGGUCCGGAAGCGGAGGAGAAAGCGGUGGUGUCCGACCGGUGUACCUGCGCUGUGCUCGGGGAACGGUACUCUGGCGCUAUCCUCAUGACGCUUUGAGAGUGGUCCUUUCCUCCCCGGUCUCAUUCUUGGAGAACAAUUCUCUCAGCUAUCUAGGUUUCCGUGCCUGCGUCAAGAUCUCUGGGCCUGUGCGGGUCUUUCUGGAAGCCGGCGGCAAACUGAGGCAACUCUAUUCUCCGUCCGAUGGCAAGCACGAACUUACACACCGGUGCUUCCGCUCGUGGAAGCAUACAGCCGCACUUUACAUGGAAGCUGAGGAUGAUUAUUCCUUCAAAAACACCAAGGUCAAGCUGCAAUACGAUCUGGAGCCAAAUUCUGUGAAGGGGGGAACACUUCGCGUGCCGGACGAAGAGGAGGACUGCAGACCUUGCUCCAUGGAGGAACUCGCCAAGGCUUAUUGUCAAAGCGACCUGGUUGCUAAAGGCACCGUCACUGACGUCCAACAGAAUCCUAAGAUGGAUACAGCUGAACUGAUACUUAGGGUCACCAAGAUUUUGCGCUACGUAGCCCAGGAAGCUGAGGGCAAUGAAAUUGAUGCGUCUUUUAAGAAGAGCGUGCGUGUGCGAAUACCAAUGGUAUGUGACGCGCGGCACGGCCUCGGUGAAUUUGUGAUAAUGGCCAAACGACGUCUCGGAGAUCUCACCUUGGUAUGCGCGCCUCGACUGGAGGCGUGGAUGCAAAUUGUACAUGAAAUGGACAAUGCGCCCUGCGUCCUUCAUAGUUAGCUAAUGAGAUUUAAGAUGAUUUUUUUUGGAAAGCCAUAAAGAAGUGUACACGAUACACAAUAGA